AUGUACCAUCUAUUCUCAUCACUAUUGUGUUUUAUCGGGCUGAGCGCCUUGCCUUUCUCGGUUUCAGCGGCUGCUUCCGAGCGAGGCCCACCCUUGCCGUCCACCCACCUCAGCUUGUCAUCCUUCGAGUGGUCUCUUGUGAACGCCAACCGCUCGAUUGUAGUGCCGACCCCUUUCUUAAAUCAGCCUCAUCUUGCCCUCAUCAAGGCUGGCGUGAUCGAUGAUCCCAAUAUUGGGCUGAAUGAGGGAACUACCAGAUGGGUUGGGGAAGAAGAAGCUUGGACCUGGGAGACAAAAUUCAAAGUCAAGACCGAUGAUCAAUGGGCUAAGGCGGAACGCUUUUAUCUUGUCUUCAAUGGGCUUGAUACGUUCUGUGACAUCCAAGUCAAUGGGCAGCGGAUCGGCUCCACAGACAACGCUUUUCGAAGCUGGGUUUUUGAUGCCACUCAAGUCAUCAAAUCUUCCCAGAACCAAACAAUCCCACUGUCUCUUAGGUUUGCAUCUGCGUACGCCACUGCCUCCAGAAUAGCACAUGAACCUGGUAACAUGUGGUUCCCAAAUAAAUCGGCAGACAAGAAGAAUUCAACCACCCUUCAACCCUUCGAAUAUAAUUAUCGUAACUGGGCUCGUAAACAACAAUCAGACUUUGGAUGGGAUUGGGGUCCCGCCUACCUCCCUUCCGGGCCGAUCAAGCCAGCUUACUUGAUAGGACUUUCUGCUCCGGUACAGUCCAGCCUUGGGCUUAUUGACCAAGGCAAAGCUCAUCAGCCUCAGACGAGAACCGUUCAUGGAAAACAAUCCGUUACCCCAGGCACGACCCCGAAAGGAUUAUCGCUUCUUGCCGGCAAACCCACCGACAAAAAACGCAGAAGGGCAACACCUGAGACCACUGGUACCCCUUCUCUCUGGGUCCACCGGACAAUAAUUGAUAUUUAUCGAUCAGGCCAACGUAAUAAUCUGAUGCCUGAUCAAGGCGCACCUUGGGUCAUCAACAUCACCCUCCCGAUCACCUCUCCAACACUUGUUAACGCAACAUUGUCUGGCGUCAUUUCAGGCACCUCGGUUCAACUACCAGCAAAGCAGCUCAGUAUACUCAAGACUCCUCUUUACAGAACCUUUGGCCCCGAUUAUUCACUCACAGUCGAAUACAUCAUCGAUCCCAAACAAGUCGAACUUUGGUACCCUGCUACUCUCGGCAGUCCUACGCUAUACGAUCUUGAGUUGAAGUUACAAGUCGAUGCGCAUGAUGCCUCGUUGGGAGGAGAAGAUGCAGAGCUGUCCUGGUGGGAAAAGGUCGGAUUCCGCACCAUUGUCGUAGAUCAAAGUCGCUAUACAGAUCAAGAGGUGGCAAAUGGCAUCCGGCCUGGUACUCGUUUCAGCUUCAUCAUCAACGGCAAGCCCUUCUAUGUGCAAGGCUCAAGCAUGAUUCCGAUCGAUAAUUUCGCCGCUCGUGCCAAUUCAUCCACUAUCCGAUGGAUUCUUGAAUCCGCUGUGCUGGCCCAUCAGAAUGUCGUCAGAAUUUGGGGUGGCGGGGCUUAUCAGACUGAUGAGUUCUACGAUUUGUGCGAUGAACUUGGCAUCUUGGCUUGGUCGGAAAGCGUAUUUGCUUGCGGGGCUUAUCCUCUGUCCCCCGAAUCGUUUCUCGACAACAUCCGCGCAGAGGUUUCUGAGAAUGUUGCAAGGUUGAACCGCCAUCCUAGCACCGCUCUAUGGGCUGGUAAUAACGAGGGUGAAGGAUAUUUGAUCGAUGUCAAUAGGACAUGGACAAAUGGUUCAAUUUACUUCAACCAAUAUGAUCACCUCAAUAACCGUGUUCUGCGAGAGCUUGUGUUGGACAACACACGCUCAAUAUCGUACAUCCCAUCAUCAACAACCCAGGGUUACCUCUCCCUCGACCCUUACGUAGCUCGUUACUACAAUUCUACGCCCGGCGAGCUCUACGGUGACAAGGAACAUUACAACUACGAUACUUCGGUCAGUUUCAACAUUUCGUCGUAUCCGGUCGGCCGUUUUGUCAACGAGUUUGGAUUCCAUUCAAUGCCCUCCAUUUAUACAUGGGAUCGCGUCCUUAAAUCUCCCGAGGAUUACGAAUUUAAUUCCACCGUUAUCCGUGCCCAUAACAAACACAACCCCGCCGAAUCUUUGACAUAUCCAUGGCCGGCGGAUGACGGCCAAAAGCAGAUGACCACCGGGGUGACUGAUCAUUAUCCCACCCCAAACAUCACCGGUGAGCAUCACACUCAGUUAGCGCAAUGGGCCUAUUCAACUCAAGUGUUUCAAGCAGCCUUCAUGGCCUCGCAAAUCCAUUAUUACCGCCUUGGUGCCAGCCGCGGUGAAAACAACAUGGGGGCCGUUUACUGGCAGCUGAAUGAUGUAUGGGAAGGCAUUAGUUGGUCAUCAAUAGAAUACACGGGUCGAUGGAAGGUUUUUCACUACAUUGCGGCGCGCGUUCAAUCCCAUGUCGUAAUAUCGCCAAUAUUCCACCAGACAAAUAACACCUUGGAUAUCUAUGUCACAUCAGACCUAUGGCAACCAGUUGAAGGCACUGCUCAAUGGACAUGGUACGACUUCACGGGUCAACAAUUGUCUGAUACAACGACAAAGAGCUUCUCAGUGGAACCAAUACAUUCAACGCAAUUAUACCAUGCGGGCGGUCUAUCCGAGAUGGUCCCUAGUGGACACGCGCCAAACAACGCUUGGAUGCACCUCACCUUGACCACCAGUGAUGGUAAAUAUACUAAUGAGCAAUUCUUCCACCCCGUCGAAUUAAAGGAUUGUCAGCUGCAACCAACCAAAGUCGAGACUCGGCCAAUUGGCCAUAACCAGGUUUCAGUUGAAGUGGCGAGUGGCGGAGUUGCUCUUUGGGUCAAUGUCGAACACCCUCCAGGAGUGCGGGGUUACUUCAAAGACAUGGAGACAGGCCUCCCAUCUAAUGCAUUCUUCCUUAGGCCCAAGGAAACAAGGCGCUUGGAAUUUGUCUUGAAAGGUAAAGACAGCGAUCACGAUGGCUUGGCUAAAAACCUAGCGUCCCGAAUGAUUGUUAGGACACUAUGGGAUAAUCAGCACCUUUCUCAAUAA